CUGCCUCUGCCCUUCCUCCCUCCGCCCGCACCGUGGCUGAUCGGCUGACCGAAGGGCCGAUUGCUGAAUGCAAGGACGCUUUCUCCCUUUUCGAUAAAGACGGCGACGGCACCAUCACAACAAAGGAACUUGGGACUUGUCAUGCGGUCACUGGGUCAGAACCCAGCAGAAGCCGCGUUGCAGAACAGGAUCGACGAGGUGGAUGCUGAUGGUAAUGGCACCAUUGACUUCCCAGAAUUUUUUACAAUGGUGGCUAGAAAAAUGAAAGAUGCAGACAGUGAAGAGGAAAUCCGCGAGGCAUUCCGAGUCUUUGACAAGGAUGGCAAUGGCUACAGCAGCGCGGCAGAACUCCGUCACGUCAUGACAAACUCAGGAGAAAAGCUAACAGAUGAAGAAGUAGAUGAAAUGAUCAGGGAAGCAGAUAUUGAUGGAGACGGUCGGGUCAACUAUGAAGAAUUCGUACAGAUGAUGACUGCAAAAUGAAGACCUGCUUUCAAGUCCUUUUUACCCCCCUAGAAGAAUCAAAUUGAAUCUUUUACCUACCUCUUGCAAAAAAAAAAAAAAAAGGAAAAAGUUCAUUUAUUCAUUCUGUUUCUAUAUAGCAAAACUGAACGUCAAAAGUACCUCCUGUCCACACACACAAAAUCUGCAUGUAUUGGUUGGGGGUCCUGUCCCCUCGAGAUCAAACUACACAUCAGUUUCCAAUAUAAAUACUUAUCCCACCUUAAUGAUAAGGACCCUUAUGGCUCCAUUUGCUGACAAUUAACACACUGUCUGGACUCGCCAGUUUUUCAUGCAUGCAGCUUAACGAUUGAGCACAGUCAGGCAUUUGUAUUAAAAAUGAAAACCGAAGAAACGAUUCAAAACCUAUUCCAAUGGGUUCUAGCUCAAUUUGUCUAGUAGAAAUUGUUGUAGCUGGUUUCCUGAAAACAAACAUUGAGAAUUGGUUUACCUCAGGAUGACAUGCAGAAAAAUGGGUGGAGGCUAAACCUUUGAGGUUGGUCCUGCUGGUAAGAUGGUCCUCUUGCACUUCUGCGAGCGCUGGCCCAUGGUGACGGUGACACAUCAUGGUGGCAUGCCCA